UCACUCACCCUCUUCUCUGUUGUGGAGUGCCCCCUUCAAAAUCUGGUGCCUGCAGCUGGUUCUUCAAAAAGCCACCUACAGAAGGAACCACAUUGGGAAAAACCCACCAUCUUCUCAAGUCGGUGUGGCUGGUCACUACGGCCCACCGAGAAGCUGGGGUUGUGUGAGGGAAUAGUACGGCGGGAAAGCGAAAGUGUGCCGCUCUACACCUUGGUGGAGCUUCCGCACAGUGAAUCUGAUGGUUUGGACCUCCAUUAUCCCAGCAGCCCUCAGCACGAGUCUUCCACACAGCUCUCCCAAACCGCAAAGAAGAGCAAAGGAUCCCAUGCGUCCUCCUUUGCCAGCUUGGAUGCCGACUCCACGGCAGAUCUGCGGCCCCCUUCGCCCAUCGACCUGCGACGAAGCAUCGACGAGGCCUUGAACAGCGAAGCUCUGUUCCAGCAUAGCCUGUUCGGCUCCUCUAGGCUCUCUCUUAGCACGCGCGGACCCCCGGAUGGACAACCCUGUUGGGGAAACUCCACUGAACCCAGCCUGUACCGCACUGCCUCCUGUGGGGAUGUGGACCCUGCUACUGUACCCAACCGACCCAGGCAAUGGAGCACUAUAUCUGGGAGACCAGCUCAGGUCUCGGUCCAUUGCAGUGGGUUAAACUCAGCACAACAGUCUCAGAAUAGUCUACACAGGGGCUCACAGUCUGGGCAGCGACUCCACAGACGGUACACAGCCUUGGGCUCUACGUCCUCCAGAGGAAGCGUGGAUGUGGAGACAACGUCUCGUGUUGAUGAGCAUGCCGUUCAGGCCGAAUUCAUCAACGUCUGCAGGCAGAUAGAUGCACUCAGUAUCAGUAGUGAUACAAUUGACCUUUAGGGGAAGAAAUCUCUGAAUCAACUAACCUAACACCCACAGUAAUUUCAGCCCUAGCUACUCCAAUUUACAGAAAUUUUCUUAAGAUAGAUGUAGACAGGGAAUUUGCUGUUGAAACAUUCUGCUUCAGUGGAAAGAAAUGUUUUGUUUUAGAAGGAGACAUGACAAGGACAAAAUGGCAAACAGCAACCUCUGAAAGAUUGAUGUUCUUUAUCAACUGUGAGAAGUUCCCUAAAACCCACUUCCCGUUUUUUAACAAAUCACAUAUAAUCUUGUUGAAAAUGCUCGACUUGAUCAAAAGACUUUGAAAGAAUCAAGACUAAUUUUAAAAAAGAACAUGAGGCUUUUGUGUACCUUUCAGCAAUAAAGCUAGCACUUGCGAACAUUUUUUAUGAUGAGUCUUUGGCUUUGCUGUUACAGCAUGGAUCACCUAAACACUCAUUUGGCAACGUUACUACUGUAUAGAGACACAUUCUAUAGAACUCAUUUGCAAUUCAUUGCAGCACUAUCAUAACCCAAUUAUUUGUGGCAGCUUUGUUACUUGGGUAACAUUUUGUUCUCGAAUGAGACCUACUGUACAUGUUCUGUUGAAGCAUAAACUUAUGGGAAAGAUGUCAUUAGCAAAAGGCUGCGUGAAGAUAACAAUGAAAAACAGAAAAAUCCCUGCAGUUUCAUAUUAAAUACUAAAUGUACAUCAUGUACUCAUGUCACGAUCUUAUUGAAAUAAUGUUUAUCUGCCAAUUCACAUGCAGCAUAUUGCAUAUUGUGGCUAUGUUCGGAAUAACAUGCUAGUAUACUGCUUGCAUUGUUUCUGUAGUAUGUGAAUUUUCUGUAUGCGUAUAACACCUCAUGUGACAACAAUGUAGCAGAGCCUACUACAGCAAGACAUUUUUUUAUUGUUGUAUAAUGCACAUCUUUCACAUAUAUAAACUGCAAAGUAUGCAGUCAUAUGCUAGUAGUCCAUUUCGAACAUAGCCUCCGUCUUUACAAAAUCAAAUGCUUAUAAUGCCUGACAUUCUGGUGCAGAUACUGCCCUCUGUUGGCCGUGGAGAUGUAAUAACAAGAAGUUGUGACAGCUUAUGCCUUUGCCAUAUUUUAGUGCACAUCUUUGUGAUUGACAGCAGAAGCUCAACACAUGAAGCAAAAGACUAACAGACAGAGCAGCUUAUAUUCUCUAAGAUCGUCUCACUGUUGACUUUUCUCUUUUUUUGCAAAUGUUUAAGAUAUGCUUUUUCUCUCUGUGCUUAGUAAAUGGCCCAGUCGCUGCUUCUCCUAAAUGAUAAUUAAAGUUUUCUGAAUUACA